AUGAAGGCUGCUCACUAUGCCCUCGUCGCCGGACUGUUCUAUGCGGCACUGGGUCUCGCAUUGCCCUUUCAGCUCGUUCUGACUAGCGAUACCCCAACAAUCCGCUUCAAAGACAGUGGCCAGCCGCAGCCGCGCGUGUCUGAGCCUGCGCAUCAUGCAAGGCCAACAUUCCUGCAGUACAUCGAGCGUAUGCGCUCAGAUUUACAUUCCAUCUCGAAUGCACCAGGCCUUGAGCGCGGUUCGCCCGAGAACAGGCUAGGACACUCGCCGCCCGACUCUGCUCACGACCGCGCAUUCAGAGACCACUACGGUACGAUCUUCGGGAAACUUGGGUGGUCAAGCUCCAGCAAGGACAGCCUCCAGGACACGCCAACGAAGGCCCAACCCGUACACCACAAUGACUGCCACCCCACGACCCAGACCGUCACAUACAUCAAGCCGGCAGACCUACUCGACAUUGUCGACCAGCACGGACCAGAGUGCGUCGCGCUAGCCAUCUUCGUGCUUGUCCCGAUCGCCUACUUCUUUCUCGAGCUUCUGGAACUGGCAAUCGGGUACUGCGUCCACGAGCGAUAUCCCCAGCGUGGCCGAGACCGUGUGCGACUCUUAGGCCCGGAGAGACAACUGCGGGCGUGGAGCAAUCGCCAGCGGGAACAGCUUGUGGAGAGCGAGAAGCACUGGUGGCAAAUGCGACGGCAUCGCCAUUGA